UUUUUAUUGUAGAUGCAGCUUACAUCAAUCUAUUUCAAUAACCUGAAAAUGCUUCUAAAACUGACUAUUAUUCUUUUUAUUAAUCUGUCCAUAUGUAUCAAGAACAGUUCCACUGCUACUCCAGAAAUAAAUUAUGAAUGUACACCCGAAAGAUAUGUCAAAAUACAGAAUAAAACACUCGUUAGGGACCACAGGCUGAAAGUGUUGAAGAAAAAUGGAGAAGCAUGUGACCUAAACAACAUUACAAUAAAUACAUGUGGAGUUAAGCAAGGGGAACCGGUGAGUCUACUAUUACAAGAAGAUAAUACGACUGAGGUUGUAGGUGGACACAAUUCCUUUAAGUUCCAGUUGAAUUGUACCGACGAAGGAGUCUAUACAGUUAUAAGUUCAUCAGAAAUAGAAGUAAAACCACCGACAACGUUGAUACCAUUGAAACGACCCGCAUAUCAUGCCAUAUCACUAUCGAUACUAGAUAGCUCCAAUGCUCCCAUAACAGGUGCUGUACAUGUAGGACAAGAACUAAAAAUGAUAAUGGAAAUAACUGAUGGUAGUUACGUUCUAGGUCCAAAAUUGUGCACUGCGAAAGGAACUCACUCGGAAAGUUACAAAAUAUGGGACAUAUCGCAGAGUUGCUUUCAUGAUAGUAGUAUCAUUGCUGAUAAGUGGACGACAGUCGCUGCUCAUGCUCAGAGAAAACUGGAAAUACUUAUGUAUGGUUUUUAUUUCCCAAAUUCCACCCAUGUAACGAUCGAAUGUUUGACGCACGUUUGCACGAAUACAACAAUCCCUCAGUGCAAAAAUGUAUGUAUUGACGAUGUUUACAAUUCAAGCAUGUCUUUAAAAUUAUUUUAAUUGAUAUCGUUAUAU